GAACAUGGCCCCGCCCCUUGCCCCGGAAGUACUCUCUCGAGGCGGAGGCUUCUGGGACUGUCGCGCAGACGGGCUUCCUUUUUUUCCGACAUCUUAGUGAGGCUGCAGGGGUCGUCGCCGCUCUCUGAGCUUCGCCAUGCCUCCCAAGGACGACAAGAAGAAGAAGGAUGCCGGAAAGUCGGCCAAAAAAGACAAAGACCCAGUAAAUAAGUCUGGUGGCAAGGCCAAAAAGAAGAAGUGGUCCAAAGGUAAAGUUCGGGACAAGCUCAACAACCUGGUGCUGUUUGACAAAGCCACAUAUGACAAAUUAUGUAAGGAAGUUCCCAACUAUAAGCUUAUUACUCCAGCUGUGGUCUCUGAGAGACUGAAGAUUCGCGGUUCCUUGGCCAGGGCAGCCCUUCAAGAGCUACUUAGUAAAGGACUUAUCAAGCUGGUUUCAAAGCACAGAGCCCAAGUAAUUUACACCAGAAACACAAAGGGUGGAGAUGCCCCAGCUGCUGGUGAAGAUGCAUAAGCAGGUUCAAUCAGCUGUGCAUUUUAAAAAAUAAAACUUUAUUGAGUCAAA